UUUCGCUAAAGAUUAGCCCGAUUUAGGAAAGAUGAUGAUGAAGUUAGCCAAGAGAGAGAUACAAAAGAAAAAAAAAAACAUGUGGCUGUGUGUGUAAAAGACCGAGUCACCCGAACAUCUCCACCUUCACGCCAUUCUUCUACCACUCGGACCUAACCAACCAAUACCUUCCACGUCAUCUGCAAUCCGCGUUCCCGUGAGAUAGGGAUCUUUACUUGAAGCAACCAGACAUGACCGCAGAGUCACACACACACACACCACCCUAACCUUCACAAGUUUCUGUCGUCCCCUCGUAUGGAAUCCAUUGUGGGGCGACACCAAAAUAUCUUCUUCUUUUGCUUCUCUGCUUCUUCUUCUUCUUCUUCUUCUUCUUCUUAACAUUUGUUUCUUUCAGGUGGAUUAAUUGAUCUCCAUCUACAUAAAACAAAAACAAAGAUAUAAUCGUUUCUUGGAUUUGGGAUUGAUCUAAAGUGAGAUUUCAAUCUUGGCACUUGGUUUUUGGAAGUGAAAUUAAAGAUGGGAGGAAUGAAAGAUGAGGCCAAGAGGAUAACUAUUCCACCAUUGUUCCCAAGGGUUCAUGUGAAUGAUACUGGAAGAGGAGGCUUGUCUCAGCCAUUUGAGGGCAAAACAAUGUUGAUCUCUUCUAAACAACGUCCCACUCUUGCUUCUCCGACCAACAUCUCUGAUUCUCUUUCCACUUUCUCUUUGUCUCUUCCUCCACCGCCAAACACCGCCCGUCUCAUUGAUGGACCUGAAAAGAAUCAGUUCUCGCCAAUCUGCAACAACACUAAGUUCGAGGGGAAGAUGAAUAUAAAAGGCAUGAUUUAUACAAGUCCUAGAGGAUCAUCAGUUACUAAUACUAAGCCUAGUUCAAUAAAACAUAAUGAGUACCUCAAGAACCUUACCAACUUGGAUUCUCUUAAGGUUCCUGUUGUUAAAAGCUCAGAAACAAAUCCACAAGCAAACACAGAUUUGUCACUCCAGUUUUGUACUAGUAGUAGCGGUAAAGCCGGAGGUGAAGCUGUUGGUUCUAAGAUCCUUUUGCCAGAAUGCUUGGAAGAUGAAAGCCAGAAUGGGUCUCCUAAUGUGAUGAAAACUCAAUUAUAUAGAAGAAGCUUUGCUGAGUUUAACAAUGAAACUCAAAAGAAGCCCAAAACUCUGCCUCGCCGUGAACAAGAUGCUUCAGACUGCUCUGCUAUAGACUCUUUGUCUGGUAUGAGUGCAUCUUCUUAUGAUAUUGCAAGAGUGAUAGGUGAAAAGAGGUUUUGGAAGAUGAGAACAUAUAUGAUCAAUCAACAAAAGAUCUUUGCCGGGCAAGUAUUUGAGCUGCAUAGACUGAUAAUGGUUCAAAAGAUGGUUGCAAAAUCACCAAACCUGCUUCUUGAAAGUAAGCUUGAUGGUGGCAAACAUACUACAAUGAGGUCAUCUCAUCAGCUGGAAAUGGCGGCUUCAAAGAUUAAAAAACCAAACACAGAGAAUCAGAAACCUGUAACUGAAGAAUAUCCAGAGCAUAUGAAACCAAAGCUUCCUCUACCUUCCAUAAGCAAAGAGCUCAUGGCCCCCAUUUGGUCACAACAGCUACUUCCUCCUCCUGGAAACCAAUGGCUAGUUCCUGUAAUGUCUCCCUCUGAAGGUUUGGUCUAUAAACCAUAUGCAGGACCAUGUCCUCCUCCUUCAGCCUUUAUGGUUCCAGUCUAUGGCCAAGAUUCGCUCGACUCAGCAUUCAGGUUCCCUGUUUCAUCUCAAUUUAGCCACAGUUACUUCCCACCGCCUAACUCUAGGACAACAGUUGACCACGCAAACACCUUUGGUCAGUAUCAAAGAUGGUCCAGCACAUCAAGCCACAUGACUCAAGCCAUUCCAUUUUCUUUAAAGAAGUCUCAGGAAUCUAAUGACAGUGAGGUACAUGGAAGCACAGCUUCAAGUCCACCAGAGAAGCAUAAAUUUGAAGUGCUUCCUCUUUUUCCUACAGAGCCUACCCAUCAAACUGAUGAGUGCAAGCAGAAACAGCAACCGCUGCUUCGUGCCAUUAAAGCCAUUCCUCAUAAUUCAACAUCUGCCUCUGAAUCUGCUGCAAGGAUCUUCCGUUCCAUUCAGGAAGAGAGGAGGGAGUCAGAUCAUAUGAUUAGUUAGUUUUUUAAAUUUGAACCCUUCCACAUUCUUUUGCUCUAAUUGCUUCUUCAUCUAGUUUAGAAUUUCAGUAUAUUCUAUUUACUCUUCAUAUGAAGAUGUAAAUCAAAUACUGUCACUAUACAUCAAACAUACACACACACAUACACAUCUUACAUUGUUAUUGUAUUGACAAACAGCUAAUAAAAGAUAAACUUUUGUGGUUCUA